AUGCCUGUCAUUCCGUCAGACACUUCCAACUUCCCCACGGCGCAGGGAAGCAAUAACCCCGAAGACAACUCCUCGAAGGGCUCAGAGCAUGAGCAAAAGAAGGCUACUGCCUUUGAUCAUAUCUCUAAGGGACCCCAGAUUCCUGAUAGUAUGCCACCCAAAGCCUCGAGGGAGGAGAUCGAACAGCGCAAGAAGGAACUGAACCAGUAG